AUUCUCACUGUUUAUCAAACGCAGUUGUAUUUAAAUCUUAACAAAUUCAUUCAUAUCUCAUUUGUUUACUUGUUUGUUUUCAAGAUGAGAUAUCUAUUGAGCUAGACCAAAGAAUUUGUUGGAAUUAAUGCAAAUUAUCGCGAAUUUCAUAAAAUGUACGUUCAAAAUACUAAGCAAUAUGUUUUCGAUGAUAUUGGGCCCAAAUAUAGUGAUUUGCCGAUGGAGAUUUUACUCAAAAUAUUUGGUUAUCUGAAUCCUGGAGAUAGAUUCGCUGGGGGACUGACAUGCAAACGGUGGCUCGAGGCAACACAAUAUCAGCAUUUUGUCAACGAUAUCUGUCUUCAUUUCUACAAAACGCAUUUUAGUGACGCUACUAGCCCAGUCCGCAACUUACUAAAAAGUUCCCGCAGAUUCCACAAUAUUAUAUUUUCACAAGUUGAAUUCAAUGGAAGUGAACAAUUCUUCAGCCGCUUUGGUGAAAAUAUUCAAGAACUGAGCUUCAAAGCUUGUGAUAUCCGCGAGAAAACAUUGUAUAACAUCUUAAGCAGUGUUCCUUAUCUACGAUCGCUAAGGAUUGAAGGUUGUCGAGAGCUGCUUAUGUCAGGAAGAUUGUUUGAAUCGGAUGUACAUCGGACUAAAUUGGCCCCAUCCUUGCAAAAUAUAACGACGCUCAGUCUAGCAUUCAACCGGUAUUUAUCGGAUGCUUUAUUCAAACGAAUUGUCUCGUUUACACCCAAUUUGCAAAGCAUUGAUCUCACUGGAUGCUCCAUUUCAUUCCACAAGGGCCUCUAUCGAAAGUUUUACCCUGGCCGCCCGGAUGACGCAUCGGAGAGUGUUCUGACAUUUUAUUACAUAUCACAAUUUAUCGAACGCCAGGCUAAAACAUUGAAAGUUUUAAAUUUCAGCUCAACGUUGAUUGAUGGUGAUGCCCUAGAACUCAUAACUGAGUUCGAGCGCUUACGGCUCACUACUUUCGAUUUGAGCUCAUGUGAUCAACUGACUAACCCAGGUAUAACGAAGUUGGCCCGAAUGCAAAGCUCCCUUCAACAUCUAGAUUUUUCAAAGUCAGUGAGAUUUACGGACUCAUGUUUACUGAAUAUCUGCACCCACCUACCUGAUUUAAUAACUUUAAAAUUACGUCGAUGCCGAGCGCUUACCGAUUUGGGUAUUCUGCAAAUUGUUCGAUUAACUAAACUGCAGGUCCUGGAUAUAUCGGAAUGUGAAUCUGUGACUGGACAAGGCAUAAUCAAAGGAAUUGCUUCGACUUAUAAUGCAGUUCUUUUAGAGCUAUAUUUGAGUGCAUUAAAUCUUUGCGAGAGUUCUGUAUUAAAAAUAGCAGAGAGCUUUCCAUCUCUACGGGUACUGGAUCUCAGUUAUUGCUUCCAUUCAGUAUCCGAUCUCUGUUUACAGAUCAUUUUCAAAAAUCUUAUAUAUCUUAGACAUCUUAAUGUGGAUUAUUGUGACAAGAUUUCGGACAGUGCAAUGACAGGAAUUGGAAUGCUGCAAAAAAUACAUGACUACGAACUAAAGAAAACUACAUCUACAGUGCAUAUGAAUUCAUAUGUACCAGCAGGCGAAGAAACUGAACCAUCGUCGUCUAGUUUGAAUCGGUCCUCGAUUGUUCUACCGGAAGACCAGCGUAAAAUUUCACUGCGAAGCAAGGCAGAACAGGAAAUAGUUAAUGACGCUCUCCGUAAAAAAGCAAUGAUGGAGAUAUGCCAACAAAACGAGUUUCUCAAGGAAGAUACUGGCAGUGGUUUUUCUAUUGACCGUCUCAAAGGCUUACGAGUUCUACGUCUUUCACAAUGCAAUAAACUUUCAGAUAUUUCAUUAAUAUACACCUUCAAACUAAAAGAACUCAAGGAAAUCAGCUUAGCCAAAUGUCAACAAAUUUCGAUUACCGGAAUAAAAUCAUUGGUGCAGAACUGCCCAUCACUUGAAACAGUUGAUCUUAGUGAGUGUCACAACAUCAACGAUAAAGCAAUAGAACUGCUAGCCAUGCAUCUUAGUCGACUCCAAACAUUAUCGCUUGAGCGAUGCUUUCAGCUAUCGGAUUACAGCUUGGACUACAUUGCUAUCCACUGCAAAGCUUUGCGAACUCUGGACGUUCGAGGUUGUAGAAACAUGUGUGCUGAGCCCAACCUACGAUUAGUCAACGUGUCAACCAUCAGAAAUGUACAUAUGAGCAAACCAGGUCCAUAUCUUGGAGAGCCUGGUUACUUCGUGAAGAAACCACCCCCACCGCCAAUGCCAAAACGAAUUUAGUAUUUACUUCUACUCGAUGCCGGUGGUCUGUUUGUUAUUGUACUAAUGUUAAUUAUUUAUUUUUUACUAUAUUAAAUUUCCCUUGUUUUUGUUUCAA